UUGCCACUCCAGGCUAUUGAUCGUGUCUCUGUAAGAACUCCGAUAACCCUGCAACGUUGUGGUGGCAACUUCUACAAUGUAACAACUACGGAAGAUCCUGUGAUUGAGGAACUAGCUCAACAAGGCAUUGGAAACGUCUUUGCCACGGAUAUAAUCCUGGCAACGCUUAUGACUGCAGCGAGAUCGGUAUACUCCUGGGAUAUUGUUGCCCAUCGUGUUGGUGAUAAGCUGUUUUUGGACAAGAGAGAUACAGGUGGUAUUUCAAAUCCGGUGGAUGCACUGACUGUGUCAGAAACUAGCGGUGAUCCACCUUCAUUUGAGGGACAAGGUAUCAAUAAUGCUAAGGAUCUUGCCACUGAGGCAUUGUUCAUUAAUCAGAACUUCCGUCGUCAAGUACUCAAACGCACCGAGAAGCCCUAUGUGAUGGCUCAUCCACGUGCACCUUUCGAAGAAGAAGAUGGGGAGUCUGGAUGUGGAUAUCGAUAUCGUAAAUGGAAUCUUGGAAAGAAUGCAAACGGCAAACCAAUUGAAGUUGUUUGUCGUACGGAGCACGAUGGUGUCAUGGCCGGUCCUUCUGGUGAUGUGCAGUAUCUGACAAUCAAGUCCUUCAAUGAAUGGGAUAGCUCACAAUCAGGUGGUGUGGAUUGGAGAGUAAAGCUGGAUGGUCAGAAAGGAGCUGUUUUGGCUACUGAGAUCAAAAACAACAGCUGUAAACUAGCCAAGUGGACUGUUCAGGCUUUGCUUGCAAACUCUGAUGCCAUCAAGUUUGGUUACGUGUCGCGUAUGUCUGUACGUAACAGUGCACAACAUGUGAUUCUUGGAACUCAACAGUUACGGCCAGUGGAGUUUGCGCAGAACAUUUCGAUGAAUAUGGAUAAUGGGUGGGGAAUCUUGAGAUGCAUCAUUGACAGCUGCAUGCGUCAACCCCAGGGAAAAUAUCUACUGAUGAAAGAUCCCCAGUCCCCUGUUGUGAGAUUGUACUCUCUUCCCGAGGGCACGUUUGAAAGCGAUCAAGACUCGAACGAUGAUCAAAAUGGCGAUUCGGACGACGACAGUUAA